AGCGCGGUUGCAAAGAGGCCAACUUCAUCACAUGAUGGCCAUUAUUCUUUGCACAGUGGCCACUGCUAUAAAGGAGGUUUCCACCGCAAGAAAGCCAAUUCGGUUAGUUAAACACGCCGCAUCAACAUGAACUUCAUAUUAAUCCCAUUCUUUCUAGCGGCCAAUAUUCCGGUGGAUCGGCCGAACGAGUGGAUCUUCGGCCCGGUAUACGUGUUCAACGCGAAUUUCUCGUACACGGUGCUCGCCGACGUUCUGGACGAGCCACUGUUGUCUAUACACGUGACAACCACGAUGAGAUGUCGGCCGAAAAUGAUCGACAGGUUGUACUGCUCCUUCGAUGGCAUAAGAGUAGGGGAAAGGAAUUAUCCCGAGGUGAGCAUCUUGGACAAGUCCUAUUCCUUUUUGAUCGAGUUCAGCCCGCGGGGUGUCGAGAAUCUACGGUUUCCAACGGUGAUGGAGGACGAAGGAUUGAACACGGUACGAAACAUCGUGAAACAGUUGAGCGUUGGCACAGAUCUGAGGGAAAACGUGAACUCGAUGCCGGUAUUCUUUUCGAAAGAGAGGCACGCGUUGGGCGAUUGCCCCACCUUGUUCAGCGUUUUCGAGUACGAGAACGCGCGUGGCCAAACGAGGGACGAGGAGGAGGAGGGGAAAAAUUACAAGUUGGAAAUUCUGCCGUUGCCGCAACGACGAUCCAACUCUGUCGUCGUGAUUGGGAAGACGAUGGAGAGCAGCAGGUGCGCGAAAUUGCAGGAGCCGGUCGACGGAAAAUCGGAAUUGAACGUUAAGAUGAGCAAAUCAACGAGCAAGAUGCACGUGAGCGACGACGCGUUCCGUAGUCGGACCGAGAUGCACGUGAAGAUGGUGAAUCCGGCGCAGAGAAAUUUCAUCGUGCAGGAUGUAUCGUCCGUGGAGUUGGUGGGCAUAGAGCCUGCCGAACAGCCGUUGCCACUUUUAAAUUACGAGCACGUCGUGAAUCUGCGUUUCAAGGAAGGAAUAAUGCACAAUUUAUACAUGAUAUAGAGAAAGAGAUAGAAGAAUGUGAAGAAUUGUUUCAAAUAAAAGUAUGAAAGUAUAACAGAGAAAUAACGUAUAGUAUAGUUGUACAAAAUUCCACUCGAAUAUUAAUGUAUGGAUUUCAUAAUAAAGAAAUAAAUUCUUUUUGUAUAUAUAUAAUGCGAA